UCUGAGAGACCACCUGUACAUCGAUUAAGUGGAGCCACUCGAGCUCUAAAAAGUCCUUCCACUGUGAGAUUACAAAUAUGCAAGGCAGCGAGCAAUCAGACACGCAAUUGGUGAUUGAUGUAGUUAAUGGGAAUGUCAGAUUGGACCCAGAGGAGGGGGAGGUAGAGGAAUGAAAAAAUCGUUGCCUUUACAAAAUCCCGUCCUUCCUCCAAGAGAUCCAUAAAGGGGCCUUCAGUCCCAGGCUGGUUUCGCUGGGCCCAUUCGACCAUGGCAGCCCUCACCUGCAACUCAUGGAGCGCCACAAGCGUCGUGCGCUCCGCAAAUUCCUUUAAUGCUCGGGACACCCGGUCGGUGUCUACCUCGAGGCCCUCCGAGCUGUGGAGCAGAAGCUCAGGGCCUGCUAUGAGUGGCCUGAUGAGCUGCCAGGAAUGGAGAGCCCCAAGUUCCUUAACAUGAUGCUGCUCGACGGCUGCUUCUUGCUUGAACUCCACCGCACCACCAUGGAUGAGGACACAUCAGGCUAUGCAGACGAUGACCCGGUCUUCGGCCCCAAAAGGGCGGACUUCACGGACAACAUUGGUUACGACUUGGCGCCGUUGGAAAACCAAAUCCCGUUGCUGGUCUUACAGACUUUGUUGGACCCCUCGGGGGAACGCUCCUAUGCUGCCGCUGAGGCGCAAAAAGGUGGCUCAUGAGCUCCACUUCAAUGAUAAGUACACUUCGAUGCGGGACCGUAGCGGGAUGCAUCCGCUGCAUAUUUGCCAAAUGUUGUCGCAAUCGCCGUGGGGGAAGUUGCCUGAGGUUGAAGAGGGGCUAAGAAACCCGGAGCCGUAUCACAAGAAGGUACCAUCAGCCACGGCGCUACAUGACGCCGGGGUGAAGUUCCAAGUGAUCCCGAGUGAUUCCAACAUGGGCAUCGGUUUCGACGGCGGGGUGCUGAAGCUACCAUGUCUAGUCAUUACCCAAGCCACGGAAACCUUUCUAUUGAAUGUGAUGCCGUUCGAGCAAUUGCAUGUGGACAUGGAUAAUCCUAUCAGCUCAUUUGUAAACUUGAUGGAUAAUCUGAUAGACGAAGCCAAAAGACGUCCAACGGCUAGUAGAUUCAGGUAUAAUAGAAAAUAGGAUGGAAAGUGAUCAGGAGGUGGCUGAGCUCUUCAAUCGGGUCACUAAGGGAAUGGCCUUUUCUGAGAAUUCCCACCUGAAGGGGGUGCGGAUGGCUGAUCUGCCAUUGCAAGAAGAGUUAAAACCUGUGGAGGGCUCGCUUCGUCAACACCUACCUUCGCGACUCGUGGGCGGUUAUAGCGUUGCUGGCAGCAGUGCUCUUGCUGUGUCUAACAUUGAUUCAAACUGUGUAUUCGGUGCUCAGUUAUAUUAAAUAGU